AGCUAAUCAAUCAAACAUCGAAACUCACUCAAUCAUCCAUGGCCACUGCUUCUACUGCCAAAUUCUUCACUGAUUUUUGGUCUUCAAGGGCUCAUCCAAUCAUCUUCUCUCCCAUCUCCAAACCCUCCCAUUUUCAAUCUUACAGCCUUACAGAUAAUGUUUCACUUCAAAAGAACCACAUCUCCUCCAAUUCUCCACUGCUAGUAAAAGCUCAAGCUUCCAUCAAUGGAAAAACACAACCCAUGGUUCCUCCUUACAAUGUUCUCAUAACUGGCUCAAGCAAAGGAAUAGGGUACGCCUUGGCGAAAAACCUUCUGAUAGCUGGUGACAAUGUCAUAAUUUGUUCGAGAUCUGCCGAACGGGUGGAAUCCGCUGUUAAGAGCCUUAGAGAAGAAUAUGGGGAACGUGUGUGGGGUACUCAGUGUGACGUUAGAGUGGCAGAGGAUGUGAAGAAUUUAGUUUUAUUCGCUCAAAAGAACCUGGGAUACAUUGACAUAUGGAUUAAUAAUGCAGGAUCCAAUGCAUAUAGUUAUAAACCACUGGCAGAAGCAUCAGAUGAAGAUCUCAUUGAAGUUGUUUCUACAAACACCCUUGGGUUGAUGAUUUGUUGUCGAGAGGCCAUCAAGAUGAUGUUGCAACAGUCUCGAGGUGGUCAUAUUUUCAACAUUGAUGGAGCUGGUUCAGAUGGAAGACCAACCCCUAGGUUUGCUGCAUAUGGUGCAACCAAACGUAGCGUGGUGCAUUUUACAAAAUCGCUGCAGGCUGAACUGAAGAUGCAAGAUGUUAAAAAUGUCGUAGUACAUAAUCUAUCGCCGGGAAUGGUGACAACCGAUCUUCUAAUGUCUGGUGCAACCACAAAGCAGGCCAAGUUUUUCAUCAAUGUUUUAGCAGAACCAGCUGAAGUGGUUGCGGACUACCUUGUGCCGAACAUCAGGUCGAUCCCGGCAAGUGGAUCGUGGAAGCCAACUUAUAUCCGGUUCCUCACUGGUUUGAAAGCGUACUCCCAGAUAUUUUCAAGACUAGCAUUUGGUACUAGACGUAACCGAUAUGUGCUUGAAGAUUGAAGAACAACCGAACUGUAAAGUUCCUAAAUCUGUAACAUCCCACCAAAAUUUUUAUGUCAAAAUUAGUGUGUUUUUAGGAGAAUAUUCCCAGAAUUCAUAUCCAAAUGGCUUUUGAUUCAUUAGCAAGCA